GUUCUCGCUAAUCUGUGCAUUAAUGUAGUGACAGUAGACGUCAUGAAUGUCAGGUCCUUUUUUUCAAAGAAUUUUAUGAAUAGUAUAUACCUACUGUUUAUUUAGCAUACAAUAUCUUAAAUAACUUUCAAUAAAAAACCUAACUUUAAGUGAUUAAGUAAUUAAUAUAACUAUGUAUUUAUCUAAAUACUAACUUAUUCAUUUUAAGUGAAACUUCCUCCAUUGAGAUAUUGAUACAUAUUUGAUAUUAAAAUGAUUUUACUACAUUCAGUUGCCUCGAAGUUUUGUGCAAAAUUUGGUCGUCAAUAUACUCCGCUGAAAUCUUACCAUACAUUAUGUUUUGCAUCUUACCGCAUUAUACACCGUGAAAGUAUUUUCGCAAUUCAUAGAAAUAAAAAAAUAAACAAAAACAUUUAUUCUUCUGCAAUUUUUUAUGAUAAAAGUGAAGUGGACUCUAAAGGUGUCCCAGAUAAAUUGAAUGAAAUAGUAAAAGAUAAACAUAAUACACUUAAAGAGAAAUCUUUAGGUGAUAUAAUAGUUAAGACUGAAACAGACGCGGACAAUGUUGUUACUAAAGUAACUAUUGAAAAAGCUAAACCGAAGGGAAUUGAGGAAAAUGUUAAUCAAGUGAUUGCCCCUCCAAAGAAAAAGAGGCUAUUAAUAGAUUUUUCGGCGUCAUACACAGAGAGGAACUUUAUAACACCCAUGAGAGCUAUGACAGAAUACUUGUUGAAGCAGUCGGACUUGGAAAUGUUGCCUAAAGUUUUAAGGAGAUCUCCGUAUGAAUCCGAACCACCUAUAACUGUUUAUUAUAGAAAAGAUGUCGAAGCUAAAGCUAUUGAGAUUUGGGGUUCGAAAGAAGCUCUUGAUAAAGAAUUAUUAAGAAGAGAAUUAGAUAGAAGGAGAUAUGAGCAAGAUGUGUUUACCGUUAAAAGAAGACUUAGGAAUUAUAGAAGAGAAAUGGGUCACAAAAGGUUAAAGCAUGGUGUCGAGGAAAUGGGCUUAAAAACAGUGUCUGGGAGAGUUGUACUUACCGCUGUUGGAAUAAAUGGGUGCAACUUUCUUUUUAAGCUUUGUGCGUGGUUAUACACUGGAUCACACAGUUUAUUUUCUGAAUGCAUACAUUCCCUUGCUGAUACUGUAAACCAACUUAUUUUAGCAUAUGGCAUACACAAGUCUGUACAAAUUGCAGAUCCUGACCAUCCAUAUGGCUACACAAACAUGAGGUAUGUGUCAUCACUGAUAUCCGGUGUUGGCAUAUUUUGUGUAGGCUGUGGCUUGUCUUUCUACCACGGAGUCACUGGAAUCCUAGAUCCCCAGCCUCUUCAUGAUUACUACUGGGCUUAUUUUGUUCUUGGAGGAGCUGUUGUUUCUGAAGGGGCUACUUUGAUGGUAGCCUUAAAUGCCAUUAGGAAAGGCGCAAAAGAAGCAAACAUGUCUUUGUAUGAGUAUGUUAUGCGCAGCUCGGAUCCAUCGGUAAAUGUAGUUUUGUUUGAGGAUACAGCAGCAGUUGCAGGGGUUGUCGUAGCUGGUAGUUGCAUGGCGAUAUCACAAUAUACGGGAAGCCCAUUGCCAGAUGCAAUUGGUUGUAUUUUAGUUGGGACACUGCUUGGAGGAGUGGCUUCCUUUAUCAUACUUAGUAAUGUUGGUGCUCUAAUUGGAAGAUCUAUUCCACAAGAACAAUUAGAUGAAAUUAAUAGUGUGUUAGAAAGAGAUUUUAUGAUACGAGCAAUACAUGAUGUAAAGGGUAUAGACAUAGGAAGUAAUCUUAUACGAUAUAAGGCUGAGGUUGAUUUCGAUGGUAGAGCUUUAACUAGAUCAUACCUAGAAAAACAUGACUUAAACCUAUUGUUAGAUGAUAUGAAAAAAGUAGAGAGCAUAGAUGACGUAGAGGCAUUUCUAUUAAAACACGGAGAAAAUAUUGUUGACAUGUUAGGUGGGGAAAUUGACAGAAUAGAAUUGAAAUUGAGGAAAAAGUUUCCACAAAUUCGCCACUGUGAUUUAGAGAUUCUAUAAAAAUGUUAACUGUUUCAACUUGCUUAUAGGUAAAAUAGUUAUUUAAAUUAUAAUAAAAAUGUAACAAAAGCGUGUUUUCACAUGUACUAAUUAUUCAACAUUGUUUAUUGCAAAAGCUAAAAUAAAAUAAUUGAGAAUAUUUCAGUUUCAAUAAUAUUAAAAAAAUCGUUUUUUGUUUCUAAAGUUGAAAAGAAUUUCAGAAAUGAAACUGAAGGCCUUUUACACCGGUUGCUGAUAAUGCUAUCUAUUGUUAAUCUGUAUCCAACAAAAAAGUUUGAGAUCUAUUUUCACAUUUAUGUUUCUCCAUCAAAUACCACUUUUUCUGUCAGAUAUUUUAUUGCAACCUGUGAAUGCAAAAGUUAUUAGUUGAGGUGUAACAGGCUCUAAAGCUCAAAUUAAAACUACUGGCAUAAAAAAAAAACAUAGUUUCCACAAUAUAUCAUAUAAGUACUUUACCAAUGUUAAAAAUAUAUUCUAUUUAAUUUCAUAAUGUAAAGAAUUAACUUAGAGUAACUCAGUAUCUGAUCGAAAUUGUUAAGUUUAUUUUCCAAAACAUAGCAGAUUGUUAUUUCAAAAUAUGCAAUUAAAAAAUAUUAUGGCAUAUUUUGAUACUCUUACAUUUUAAGUAAAACUUAAAUUAAUGUAUCAUGAUUUAUGAACUAUCUUAAAUAUUAUCGUUUGUCAAAUUUUUGAUAAGAACAAUGGAAACUUGAUUAUUUACCAUGUAUAAAACUGCUUUGUAAAGUUGAAUGUGUUCCAAGUAUUUCUUCUUAUCAAACACUUAUUUUCAAAUAAUACUUUAUUAUUUGCUUAUUAUAGUGUUUUUGACCACCUACAACAUAAUGUAAAAUCCUAAAAUUCAAAGAGGUGAAUGGUGUUAUUAUUCUGAACCUAGUUUUUUGUUAUUUUGGAUAUCAUGUCUCGAUAUGUAUGUAUGUUAACACGGGCCAUUUUCCGCAACUCGACGUCUUUGUGCGCCUAUUUUGCGUGUGUGUCUCUAUAUAUUUUAGUGCUUAAUUUUAUUUAUAAGCCUCUGUGAUUUUAUUGUAUAUAGGUUUUUACAAAAUUAAGUAUAAUUAGAUAUUAUCUAAAACCAUUGUAACUGUAAAUAAAAUGAUUAAAUAACUA